AUGAAACUGACGAAUCCAUCAAGUAUGAGAGUCUUGUUUAAGAUAAAAACAACUGCACCGAAGAAGUAUUGCGUACGACCCAAUUCUGGGAUUCUUGAAGCUAAAGAUUCUAUACAAAUUGCUGUGUGUUUACAACCAUUUGAAUUCGAUCCUAAUGAAAAAAACAAGCAUAAAUUUAUGGUUCAAACAAUGAUAGUACCUGAUGGCGAUAUAAAUCCGGACGUGCUAUGGAAGGAAGCACAUCCAGAUAGUCUCAUGGAUUCGAAGUUAAAGUGCGUUUUUGAAAUGCCAGAAAAUAUUCCUUCUUCACCAGAUAGUAACAUGAAUGUGGGAGAUAAUCGAAAGGAUACUAAUAUGAAAAAUAUUUUUGAACCACCAUCAGGAUAUAAUAUACCAACUUCUAUAGAAAACACUGUUGAAAAUCUUUCCUUAUAUGAUAAGUCUAAAAUACAUGAAAGUGGUGAUAAAUAUGGUUCCAUGUCAAACUCCUUAACAGAUGAACUCUUAAAAACAAAUAAUCAACUUAAAGAUUCGCCUAAUGAUGAAAAUUCAUUGCGUCGAGAAAAUCUGGUGUUAAAACAAGAGUUACUUCAGUUGCGGCGUGCAUCAUUUACUGGAGAUCAAUCAACGAAUGCCACUGGUUCUGGAUCAAUUUUCCAAUCUAUACUAUUUCUGAUUCUGUCCCUUGUAAUGGGUGUUGUAGGUUACUUUGUGGGAAAAUAUUAUUUAUAA